UCUCACGUUUCUCACACCGGGUGAAAUAGAUCUUAACCCUAAAAAUUUAUUAUUCACUUGUGUUCACUUGUACUUCUGUUCAGUUUGAACGUUAAUUUCUUUUCUUUCCUCUCUAUACCUUUAAAAAACUUUUACAAAAAUGUCUGGCCGUGGCAAAGGAGGAAAAGCAAAAGCGAAAUCAAAGUCACGCAGCAGCCGAGCUGGUUUACAGUUUCCAGUGGGUAGGAUUCAUAGACUUUUGAGGAAAGGAAACUACGCCGAGAGAGUUGGAGCUGGUGCACCAGUUUAUUUGGCAGCAGUUAUGGAAUAUUUAGCCGCUGAGGUAUUGGAAUUGGCUGGAAAUGCUGCACGUGACAACAAAAAAUCGAGAAUCAUCCCAAGGCAUCUUCAGCUCGCCAUCAGAAAUGACGAGGAGUUGAAUAAAUUGCUCUCAGGUGUAACUAUUGCUCAGGGUGGUGUAUUGCCCAAUAUCCAAGCGGUUUUAUUGCCGAAAAAAACAGGAACCACAGGUGGCAGUGGAAGUUCCAAUAAAACAUCUCAAGAAUAUUGAGGAAAAAAGUCUAUUUCUCUAAGUGAAACUUGUUAUAAUAUUUAAUUUUAAUGUCUAAAUAAUUAGGUAAACAUUUUCUUACCGAUAGAGUAGCUUGUACAUGAAACCCGGUUUUUUAUUGAAGAAGUGACGAAAAUCUUUUUCAGAUUAAAAAAAAAAAAUAAUAACCAACUCCAGGCACAAAUUAUUAAUGUUCUUUUAUGUAAAUUAAACGUCCAUGUUUUUUUUGUAAUUGUGUUAUUAAUGUUCUUUUAUGUAAAUUAAACGUCGAUGUUUCUUUUUGUAAUUUGUGUAAUUCCAGGAACAAAUGAUUUUUUGUAAUUUUGUUCGUUUCUGUGUUAAUAAUUUUGUUUCUUUUUAAAUAAUAAAUAAGAAGUUGGUUUGAUAA